AUGGGAUUUCUUUGUGGUUCAUCAACAACUUCAAAAAAACCAAUUGAAAGGAAAAUAGUCAUCCUUGGAGAUGGUUCCUGUGGUAAAACUUCGUUAUUAAAUGUUUUCACAAGAGGAUAUUUUCCUGAAGUUUAUGAACCCACAGUUUUUGAAAAUUAUAUUCAUGAUAUUUUCGUAGAUAAUAAACAUAUUACUUUAUCAUUAUGGGAUACUGCUGGUCAAGAAGAAUUUGAUAGAUUACGAUCCUUAUCAUAUUCAGAUACUCAUACGAUCAUGUUAUGUUUCAGUAUAGAUUCUAGGGACUCUUUAGCUAAUGUGGAACAUAAAUGGGUUGGAGAAAUUGCAGAUCAUUGUGAGAAUGUUAAUUUGGUAUUGGUUGCAUUGAAAUGUGAUUUAAGAAAUAAUGAAAAUGAAUCAAAUGUUAUAAAUCCAGGGAUGAUCCAACAACAACAAUCUAAUAAUAAUAGUAAUAAUAAUAUUCCACAACUUCAGCAACAACAACAAGAGCAAAAUCAACAAUUUAAGAAGAAAGAUUUAAUAACAUACGAUGAAGGUGUUGCCAUGGCUAAAAAGAUUAAAGCUUUACGUUAUUUGGAAUGUAGUGCUAAGUUGAAUAAAGGUGUCAAUGAAGCAUUCACUGAAGCGGCAAGAGUGGCGUUGCUUGCUGGUCCACAAGUUCCUGAAUCAAAUGAUGAUGAUGACAGCGGUUGCGUUAUUAUGUAG